AUGUAUACACCAACCACUAACUCAACGGUUCUACCAGAUAAUAGUCCAGUAUAUCCAGAAUAUGUUGGUUUUAUCUGUGCUGGUGUGGCUGUUAUAUUUUAUGGAAGUAAUUUUGUACCAGUGAAGAAGUAUGAAACAGGGGAUGGAAUGUUUUUCCAGUGGAUUUUAUGCAGUGCAAUAUUAGCAUCUGGGUUAGUGUUACAAGCCAUCAGACCAUCUACGUUUUAUCCUAUUUGUUUGCUUGGUGGGGCUAUAUGGGCUACAGGUAAUAUAUGUGUGGUUCCAAUUAUAAAAACUAUUGGUUUAGGAUUAGGAUUAUGUAUAUGGGCAACAACUAAUCUGAUAGCUGGUUGGGCUACAGGAAAAUUUGGUUUGUUUGAUACUAAGAAAGCUGUAUUAGCUAAUACUGCUAUGAAUUAUGCCGGAGUUGUUAUUGCAGGUAGUAGUGCCUUUAUUUAUAUUUUUGUUAAAAGUGAAGUGAGUGCACAAAGUACAGAGCUAUGUAAUAGCACAGUCAGUAGUAGCAAGUUGGAUUUUCACCCGCUAGGUGAUAAGGCACCAUGGGUUCAAUCCCUCCCUAAGGAAAGAAAUAUUCUGAUGCAACUGCCAGCUGCAGAAGAUGUAACUUUUAUAGAUACUUUGUCACCAAAAGGCAAGUUCAUUACGGGUGUUGUAUUAUCUCUGGUAUCUGGUUUAUGUUAUGGAAAUUUAUUUUCUCCAUCAUUACAUGUUCAGUAUGCUAUACCUGGCAGUAGUACCGAUUCUCUAGAUUAUGUAUUUGCAACAUUUUGUGGGAUAUAUAUUGCAAGUACAGUUUAUUUUCUAAUAUAUUGUCUAAUAAUGAAGAACAAACCCAGAAUAUACUCUGAAGCCAUCUUACCAGGGAUUGUAUCAGGUGUUAUGUGGUCUAUAGCCACAGGUUUCCUUAAUUUAAAGCUGGAGAAAGAUGUCAUAUUUAAAGUCACCGGACUAAGUGCUGACUUAGAUUACAACUGA